AUGGGGCACGGAGGCAAGGGCAAGGCCAGCAGCAAGAACGGCGACACCAAGGGACAGCCCCCUGCCCAUUCAUGGACGUGCUCACAUUGCGCAGUGACAGUCAAUCUGACCAAGGAGUGGUGCUGGCAGUGCGGACAGCACUGGAAGGCGCCCAAACCAUUCCAGCCUGCCGACGUUCAGGCCUGCCCGUGGCGGGCGAACGCGCAGCAGGACAGCCCAGCGGACGACAAGGGCACGGACUACAGCGGCGUCGUCCAGAAGAUCCAGGCGGCGUACGACGCAGCCGAAAAGGUCAGCAAUGUGGAUGCCAAGCCGUUGCAAGCAGUACUUGGCACGGUCCGCGCCCAGCGAGAUUCGGAGAAGACACCUAUGCAGAUGGCGUUGGAAGCGGAGAAGAAGCUAGCCCUGAAGAACGAUAAGGUCGCGAAGGAGGAGGCCGCCAUCGAGGCCUGCAUCGGCGACAUCGCGAAGCUAGAGGAGGAGCAGAAGCAGUGGCUUGGCAAAGCUCGGGGCGAGCAGCAGCCCAAGCCCGCCGCUGCGCAGGUGGCCGAGUCCUUCAACGGGCUCCAGGCGGCCUUGGCGGCGCUCGGCUCGGCGGCUGCAAGGGGCCCCAACCUCGUCCGCACGUUCGCUGAGUUCGCCGCUGCUCUGAAGGUGCACGGGCAGCAGGUGCUUGCUGCUGCGCAG